AUGGCGCGUUAUAUAGAAUCACACUGGGCAUGGAUCGAGCAGAUUGCAUACCACGCCCAAGUGACCGGAUCGAUGGGGACAGAGCUAGCAUCGAGGAUUGCUCUCGCGAAGGUUCACGGUGGCCGUCUCCUCGAGCUUGCUAAUAGGGAAGCGCAGCAGAUAUUCGGUGGAGCAGGGUAUCAGAGGGGCGGGGUCGGGAUGAGGGUCGAGCAGAUCAGCAGGGACUUGCGGGUGAACAUUGUCGGAGGCGGUAGCGAGGAGAUUAUCUCGGACUUGGCCGUGCGGCAAGAGAUUGGCGCAGCCGUGAGUAGAGGCGCCAAGCUGUGA